CGCGGGCCUUUAGAAUUUGCCAGUCUCAAUUGAAAGUACCCAUUUAGCCCGAUAGCCCUUCAGAGGUUCUGAUCUUUCCCGUUUUCGAUCCCUUAAUACCCCAUGAGCCCAGACUCCGGGCCGAGCCUUGUUCCACUCUUAUCUUUAUCCCUCGAGAUACCUAGUGUUUUUUUUUUUACCGACCUUGACACUAUCCAUCUUUGGCAACUAAACAAAGUUGGCUGCUCAUGAUGGCUCCCAUGCCGCUGCCUCUUCCUGUUGUUGCCACGGCCUUCGCUGCUGCAGCAGCUUAUAUCAACGCGAAGUCUCAGCUAUCCUACGACCUUCGCCUCUUGAACUCCAUCGUCCCGACCGUCGCCAGAUUGGCCUGGUGGACCAACCGCGGGCGAAUCAACUUCUUUUACCGCCUCGAGGAUUUGGCCACUUCCAAAUCUUCCGAGGAUCGUGUCUUUUUACGCUUCGAGGACAAGAGUUACACCUAUGCGCAGGUCUAUGACACGGUGCUGCGCUAUGCGGAUUGGCUAAAGGAACGGCGCGGCGUCAAGAUGGGGGAGCUUGUGGCCUUGGACUUUCAGAAUACCGACACCUUCAUCUUCCUCCUCCUUGCUCUCUGGGCGUUGGGAGCUGUCCCCGCGCUCAUCAACUACAACCUGACAGGAAAGCCGCUGGCGCAUUGCGUAAGGAAGGCAACGACCCGCCUUGUUCUUGUCGAUCCUGUGGUUUCUGCGAACAUUGGGGAAGAUGUACGAUCCGAGUUGAGCCAGGUCAGCUUCGAGGUUGUUACGCCAGAGGUCGAGCAACAGAUGCUGUCUCAUGAGCCCAUCCGCCCUCCAGAUGAUGUGCGGAACGAGGCCUUGGCCAAUUCCAUGGCCAUUCUCAUCUAUACGAGCGGAACUACGGGAUUGCCCAAGGCUGCGAUAGUGUCGUGGUCCAAGGUUGCGGUUGUCGGCGGGUUCACGUCUCGCUUGGUCGGGACAACCAAGAACGACGUCUUUUACACGGCAAUGCCAUUGUAUCAUAGUACGGCUAUGCUUCUCGGCUUUCUGCACACCCUUUCCGUCGGCGCCACCUUCGCCAUGAGCCGCAAGUUCUCCACCAGCGGAUUCUGGGACGACGUCCGGAAGCACCGCGCCAACAUCAUCCAGUAUGUCGGCGAGACGUGCCGCUACCUACUCUCGGCACCACCCCGCACCGACCCAGUCACGGGCGAGAAUCUGGACCGCAAGCACGAGUUGCGCGUUGCAUUCGGAAAUGGCCUCCGGCCAGACGUAUGGAACAAGUUCAAGGAACGCUUCGGUAUCGAGACCGUCGCCGAGUUCUACGGCGCUACCGAAGGCAACUUUGCGACGUGGAAUCUCAGCCGCAACGACUUCAGCAUGGGCGCCAUCGGCCGCAGUGGCGCACUUUACAACCUGAUCCUUGGCCGGACCGUCGCCGUUGUUGAAGUCGACCAUGACACGGAGCUUCCCUACAGGGAUCCUAAAACCGGCUUCUGCCGUCGCGCCCCGCGCGGUGACCCCGGCGAGCUGCUAUUCAAACUCCCGCCGCAAGACGUGGAGUCGCGGUUUCAGGGGUACUACGGCGAUAAGGAGGCAACCUCAAAAAAGAUCAUGCGGGACGUCUUCACUAAGGGCGACGCGUGGUUCCGCACCGGCGAUGUCGUCCGCUGGGACGCCGAGAACAGGGUCUUCUUCAACGACCGCAUCGGUGAUACGUUUCGCUGGAAGAGCGAGAACGUCUCGACCGCCGAGGUCGCGCAGGUUGUGGGCCUGCAUCCAGGCGUGCUUGAGGCGAAUGUUUACGGUGUGCAGCUGCCGCGCCACGAGGGCCGUGCCGGGUGCGCGGCCGUGGUGUUCCAGAAGUCGGCACUGGCUGGUGGCGUCGACGGCGUGCCGAGCGAGGAAACACUCAGGACGCUGGCGAAGCAUGUCCGGGCCGGGCUGCCCAAGUAUGCGCUGCCAUUAUUUUUGCGGGCUGUGAAGGGUGGGAGCCUGCAGACGACGGGGACAAACAAGCAACAAAAGACAAACCUGCGAAGCGAAGGGGUGGAGCCGAGCAAGACGGGCUCAGACAAUGUUUUUUGGCUCAAGGGAGAUACAUAUGUCAGGUUCCGGCCGGAGGACUGGGAGGCUCUACAAGGCGGGAGGGUAAAGCUCUGAGCUUCUUGCAGCCUGCGCACGCCCUCUUAUGGCCCCCUCUUGCCGUGAUGUUCGGUACUCCGUACCUCGGAGGAUACCCUUCCUGUAGGACCGCGGGACGGUGUAAUUACUAUUCAGUACAUACCUACACUCCUAGGUGUCCUAUCUAUAGGCGCCUCCUACCUCACCCGCCUAUCCCGGUAUGCCCGUACGCAGUACGGCGCAGUGAAUAAAUACUACUUGCCCUCCUUACUGAGUAUGUCCAUUAGGCAAUUAGUCUCUCGACACUUUUUGGUCUGAUGCUAUGUGAAGCGCAUCUUCCCUGGCCGUAUCAACCUCCCACCCUUCACGAACGCCCUCCGUGUCAGCUCGGUUGCGCAACGAACAUCCAGCGC